AAAAAGACGGUCAUUCGAACUAUAGAAUGGUUGAUUUGUCAAUAGCAAAACUAACAUAUUGUCCAUAGUACAAAUAAGGUUUGGGGGUUUGUGGCGUAUGUAGGACUGGGAUUCUUUUGUUUCAGGAGAUUGAAAGCAAUUCAUUCUUUGUUUUGAUUGCAUGGUAGUUACCAGAAGGUUAACAAGAGUUGUGAAUGGAUCUAAUAAAAGAGUUGUUGAGAUACAUCAGAAAGAAUCAAAAAAGAGUGCAAAAACAAAUUCGUCGAGAGAGAGGAAUAUUAGAAAGGGAGCUGAAACGAAGCGGUCAGUUGCGGUCAGUGUCAAGCCUUUGAAGAAGAGCGAGUUUGUCUCGUUACCGAGGGACAAGUUGAAAGAGCUCAUAAAUACUUUACCUGCUACAGUUAUAGAACGUUUAGAGUAUCGAGGAGGCGUCGAAAGUGGUCAGUGGAAGGUAUACGUAUCCGUUUCAGAUACUACUCCACAGUUCCGUGUGACGCAGGAAGAUAGCCUGUUGACUAAGCCCCGAAGUUAGUUUUGGCUAACAAUUUGUUUACUGUCAGACGUAGAGUUUUUUUAGUCUAUUUACGACAGGUACUUAUGGUUAAAUCUGUAGUCGUAAGACUUUGCCUUGGUUUUCAGUGUUUCCAUACGGAUUGCUCGUUCCGGUAUGCUACGUUUCAAAGGUAGUCAGGAGACUUUUAUAUUCGAAAUCGACCUUUGCAACUAUCUUGAGGAUUGAUACACACCAAUAUGUAGAUAUUGUAAAAGUUAUUUUGACUUUUUAAGGUUUCGCCAUUAAGAAGUCUGCAGAACUCAUAUCUUGGUUACAUGUUGGUCUCGUAUUGUGUUUAGCGGACAUGUAAUUGUUAAUAUUUUCAUAUUUAUGUGAAAUGUUUUUGUUGGAGAUAUCAAACAUAUGCAUCUGCAAGUCUCUGUAUUUCUGCAGAAUAAACUCAUCUGCUGAGAAAUGUCGUUUCUUGAGUAGAAUAGUCGUGGCACUUUUUAAACCAGUACGUACUGUGGAUUUCAAA